AUGGAAAUUAAUUACACAAAACCUGUAAUUAUAUCUGAAAAUUACGGCAAUAACACAACUUGCAAUAACAAUGAUAUCUCUUAUAAAAGAAGUCUAGUAGAACAGAAAAAUAGUGGUGACUUAGUUGAGCAUAAUCAAGAGACAAGAAUAGAUACACUUAUUCAAAAUAAGGUCGGUACAUUAGACUAUGGUUUCGAAGAGGUGUGA